AACCAAUUGUUAUUAUUGAACAUGUUAAUAUUUCACAAUAUAAUAUUAAUGAAUUAGAAGUAGAAUUAGAUAAUAAUGAUAGUGAUGAAAAAGAGUAUGAUGUAGAAGAUUUAGUUUAUGAACUUUUAAAAUAA